AAGUCUUAUAAAAAUAGGAUGAACUAUAUAUCAUUCGACGCGCCUCAGAAAACUCUACAAUAUGCCAUAUUUGACUUUUCAUCUUUGAAUAAAUUAUCUUAUCCGACAAUAUCUUUUCAGUGCCGUUCUACGAACUUUUGGUCAACCCUAAGUAAUUGAUGAUAAUGAUGACGAAUAUUAUAAAGAUGAUAUUGAACAAAUUGAAUCAACAACAACAACAGUACAACAAUUAAAUACAAUUAAUAAUAAUAAUAAUAAUAAUACAAAUUCUAAUUUUUGGCCUAAAGGUACAGGUUUUGAUACAAGUUUAACACAUUCACAAUAG